AAGAUUAAAGAGCUGUAGCUGCAUUCUUAAAUGCUAUGAAAUAAAAUCCUAAUGAAUUAGAUACUUUAAGUGCUCUUGGUAUAUCUUGCACAAAUAUUCUUGAUGAAGUUAAGGCUAUGUCCUUUUUAAAAUAAUGGUUAAUAAGAAAUCCAAAUUAUAAGAUUGCUGUAGAUGAUAGCAUUGUACCUGAUAAUACAAAUAUUUAUGAUUAUACUAUAGACUAAAUUAAAUGCAUGAAUGCAAGAAUGAUAUAAGUUUUCGAAGCUGCACAUUAAUAAGGACCUAAUGAUGUUGAAUUAUUAAAUGGAUUAGCUGUACUUUAUUUUAUUGAAAGAAAUUAUCAAAAAUCUGUAGAAAUCUUUAAGAAAGCACUUUAAAUUGAACCUAAAAAUUAUUAGAUUUGGAAUAAAUUAGGUGCUACUCUUGCUCAUCUUGGUGAAGCUGAUUAAGCAAUGUUUUGUUAUCAUAGAGCUUUAGAUCUUAGACCUAAUUAUGUUAGAGUAUGGGUCAAUUUAGCAUUUGCAUAUUCUUAUAAAGGAGAAUAUUUAGAUGCUGCUAGAUUAUAUCUAAGUGCUCUUAUGAUUAAUCCAUAAGCUAAACAUAUUUGGGGUUAUUUAUAAACAGCAUUUUUAUAAUUACGUAUCUAUUAUAUUUAUUUAAACAGAAAGACCUGAUUUAAUAUCAAAGAUUUAACAUUAUGAUCCUAUGUUAUUUAAAGAUGAAUUUAAUGUAACUAAUCCUAAUGAUUUACCAGAACCUGAAAUAUUAUGUAAUUUCUUUAACUUAUAAUUUUAUAGAUAGAGAGGCCAAUAAUUUAUAUAUAUUUAAAAUGCCAGAAGAAGAAUGGAUAUAAACAACUUAAAAAAAACCAUGAGAUUAACCAUCCU